ACAGGAAAUAUUACUCGCACAUGCGCAGAUGAAUUUACCGCCGAUCUUUCUCAAGCACUGAAGCCAGAGAAAAACAAGGAAAGAAACCAUGAUUCGCCACAAAUUGAGAAAGGGUAUCGUUCAUUCCUCGGUAUUUUUAGCCAGUCAACAUUGGCAAUAUUCAGGGAAUGGUUUUCGCUGUUUGAACCAGCUGCCUGAACACAUUGUGGAGGACAUUGGAGAUGGAUCAGGUGUACCAGAAAUUAUUGUAGAACUGGACCAGUACAGUACACAAAUGAGUGGGGAAGAUGAUGUAUGCAUGGAAAAUCUAAAGACAUUGCUGGGAAAUUUGAUGAAUUUUGAGCCACGCAGAAGUCAGGAUGAUGCCACAGCAGACGAGGAACAAAACAAAUACGCAGCACAGUUUCUGCAGCAUGGCGGAGUGGAGAUCUUGAUCAGAAUACUGAUGUUCAACACUCUCUUCCCUCAGUCCAGCAAAAAGUCAAAAGUGGGGUAUUGUGAAUCAGAUUUGGUGUUAAGAAUCAAAAGUUUGGUGCUGGAAAUCAUGACCAAGUUCCAUGUUACUUCCAUUGGAGAUAAAGUGACCAGUAUAUUGAUGUCCGAUGAUGAAGUUUUGAAUUAUGUUUUCACCCUCCUGGCUAAUCAGAAAACAUUCAUUAAUGCCUGUCAGCUGGUUGAAGAUAUGUUACAAUCCAGAAAGGAAGUCCUGGAUCUCCACAGAAUUAGGAAUAUUCGAACCCUGAUACAGUCUUUGACAGAGCAACAGCUGGCAAAUUUCUGUCGCAUUCUCGCUGUGGCCAUAUCAGAUCUGGAUAUCUAUGAAAAUAAAUCAUCCUUAUUUGCACAGAACAAACAGAAGAGAACAAAGGGAUUUGUAAAUGUUAGAGACAUCAACCAAGAACUGCUUCUUGGGAUUCCGGAGCUGCUGCCGCGACUGGUCACAUUGGCAGUGUCCAGGGACUACACUCCACGAUUCAGAGGGAUGGUCAGUGAACUGGACUGCUGGAUGGAGUGGAUAGAGAAUCAAAUGGCGGAGGAAAUGUACGACAGUCCUUCAAUGGAUGACCUGGAGGAUUUCAUAGGAGGUAUUUCUGAGCCAACAACAGCAGGCGGGCCAAUGAAUCAGCAACAGGGCCUAAAGAUCACAGAGGAGCUGGUCCAGAGGGUGGAGGUGGUGUACGUACUGGGGCUAUUCCUGCUGGGAAAACAUAGAAAAAAGGUUCAGAGGAAGUUGGCAGAACUGAAAUUAGCUCCAGGUCUGAGUGAAUUGUUUGACCAAUUUAUCUGGAAAUGUCAAGUGAGCAGAUACAGUAGUCGUCAUCGAUUGCGGGGUCACAAUGCCGCCUGUGAAUGCAGUCCAGAAGUUGCCCUGAAGAUUCAGUUCCUGCGACUUGUCCAUAGCUUCUGCGAUCAUUCCGACUACAAGCACCUGCUUUUGUCAAAGAAUGAGUUAAAUGAGGUCAUCAGAAUUAACACCAAAGCAGGUUCUUUAGCUCUGUCCAACCUCUCCUCUGUAAACAAGCAGUUGAUGUGUAAGGGCAGUAAAGGAUUACUUACCAAAAUUGUUGAGGUGAUGAAGAAAGAGCCGACCACGUCCACGUUCCGAUUCUGGCUGGCCCGGGCGGUGGAGAGUUAUCUCCGUGGCAACACGUCUUACUGUGACCAGGUGUUCCUGAUGAGGCGAGGCCUGUUACAGCAUGUAGCCUCCAACAUAGUAGAACAUGAAAUAAGACACAAGGAAAUCCUGCAGAGUAGUUUUGACUUGCUUGGAGAGUUGAUCAAAUUUAACGUGGAAGCUUUCAGAACUUUUGAAGAGAUUCUGCAUACACAGCCAAAUUUUGACAAGUUCAUCAACACAGUCAACAGGAACUUAGUGGACUCCAACAUGUUCAUUCGUAGUCUGGUUCUCUCCUUGGAACACCUGAUGAAUGAGGAAACUGCUUUCAUGGAUUAUGCCAAAAAGGAGAACAAGUUAUUGAUGUACAUUGGGGACUUCAAUAGACAGCUGGACUAUCUGUACAAACUCAUCAAAAUAAUAAAUGUACAGAACCUCACACAGGAGAAUGUAAGUUGUUUGAACACAACACUGGUGUUUCUGAUGUUUGCGAAUCGUAAGCAUGCACUUCCCCGCUACCUCCAGGCUCUGAGAGAUGAAAAGGAGGAUGUCAUGGAAGUCAGCGGGUCAGCCAACCUUCUCCGUAAUUUCAGGGAGCUGUUAGUGUUCUGGCAGGACCAUUACCUCCACAAAGACAAGGACUGCAGUGCACUAGAAAAGAGUUCCAGAAUUAGCUUUGACUACUGGAAGUCGACUGUAUCAACCUUAGUCACAGCUGACAAAAACGAUAAGUGUGGCAUACUUCACUAUGUUCAGGAACCAUUGAAGUGUGACAGACCUAAUUAAUCGUUCAAAUGUGAUCAUUCUUGGUUGUCUCUUGGUAGACAGUAUGGGCAUUAGGACCAUUGAUGGUUUAUACAGAAUUUCAUCCCAUCGGAAGGCUCUUAUGCGGGUAAUUAGAGCCAUGUGUCAAUUGCUGCUUCACUUGUGCAAUUAUAUUCGUUUGGUUAAACCAUGUGCAAUGACAGUGUGAAACAGACGCCCCAGAUGGAAUCACGUGCAAUAUUCUGACCAAUGGUGUGGUGCGAGGAAAGUGUUGAAUGAUCUAAGCUGGUUCCAGAUCGCACAAAACUGGACCCAGUUUGUUGAUGGAAAAUGACAAGUCUUCAUAUUUUGUUGGCCAUGACAAAGUGUUUCUCUUUCCUCCAGUGAUUUUGUGACUGGUGGAGUGAGUGGAUUUACGCCAGCUCAUUUUCCACUUCAUCACUAUGUGUUCAUUUUUCAGUUAAAUGUGACAAGUGUUUAGUGCUGGGCAACUUCUACCAUGACAGAACAGGAGCAUUUCGGGUCAUAUCAUUCCUGUUGUUUCAGAAGGGGAAGAAAAAGGCUUCAGUACUUUUUCCUAUAUUUACCUUUCAAAACUUUCUUACUCACAAGCUUGUAGAGCCAUAGAGUUUUUUAGCAAUGAGAACUCACAGUCCUCAAUUUCAAUUGUUGUAAAUGAUAUAUGUCAUAAUUUAUUCACUCUUGAAUAUGUAUCUUUUUGCACAUAGUAUAUUUUGUGAAUGGGAGGUGCAUGCAAUUCAAAAAUAUUUAUUGAAUGGUUGAUCUUGAGCAUGUGUAAUUGAAACUUGGUCGUAACAGGUUAUCAGUAUUUAACUUAUUAAAUAUAGGGGGAUUUUAGUGAUUUAUCUGUUUUUCUGUAAGUAUCAAUUGAUGACAAAGAAAAUUGUGUCACGGAUAUUGACAACAGUAUUUUAUUUCCUACGAAUAAAAAUGUAAUUGUAGUUGAACAAAAGAAAUGAAAUACAUGUAUAAAAAAAACUGUGAGUUACAAAAAUCCUUUGAACAUGGUGGGUAUCUUUGACCUCUUUCAUUGUAUUUUGUAGCAGUGGUUCAAGAUCAGAAUUAUAUUGCUUUUCAUAAUUUUGUCCGUCCAUGAUUUGUUUGAUAUGGAUUCCUCCUGUGAACUUCAUUACUUUCCUCCCAUCAUUUCUCCAUUAUUUGUGCCAAAAGUGAAGAAAUCUCCAGUGUACGUGGGGAUUAGUUUGCGAGACUGUGUGUAUGUGUGGAUUUGCAUGACUUGAGAUGUAUGUGUUUGUGGAUUUGCAUGACUGGUAUGUGAGUGUGUGUAUAUUUGUAUGACUGAGAUGUGUAUGUAUUUGCAGGACAGAGAUUUGUGUGUGUUGGUGUAUGUGUGUGUGUGUAACAUUGUUACAAUACAGGGUGUUCUUUAAUCCUGCUGGUAUCAACUCUAUGAGAAUGAAAAAUUUAUUAUUUAAUAUGUUGAGUUGCAUCCCUUGUUACAGUAAAUGCUGACAUUAUUUAUAGUUAACAGUGAUGAAUUACAGAAUUGUUGUCUUGAAACACAGCAAUCACGGGUGUAUUUAUUGUUGCAGAGUAGAACUGUGUAUUGCUAUAUAUUAUAUCCCAUCUACUAGUUUCAUGUCAUGUCAUUCCAUCAUUUGAACGGUUCUACAGCUGUUGGAUCUCGGGUACACAAACUGAAUUUGUGAACUGUUGUCAGUCAGUAAAUGUGUAUGCUGUAACAUGAGAACUCCAUCUCCUAUUGGAGUAAUCAAAAAUUCUUGAAUAUUUAUUAUCUUACCGGUACUACAUCAAUUUUUAUUUGUGAAAAAGAAAAUAUCUGUUUUAUUUGAAAUUAUACCAAAUAUAUUUUGCAGUGUUACCAAAUAUUGGAUAGUUUUGGUAUCAGGAACAUUUCGUUGAUUUUUCUCAAAGAGUAGUUUGAAAUUUUGGCACAAUAUUUGGACAGAAUUUCAUUUGAAAUAUGUAUUUAAAUGGAUAUUUUAGUGCUUUUAUUUUUUGCAAAUUUCCUCAUUUGCCAAAACAAAACCAACAAUACAAGCCAGAAUUACCCAAUAUAUGGUACAUGAAUUAAAAAGAAUUAUAUUUUCAAUGCAACACAAAUUACAUGUAAUAACUCUGUACACUCAUUUUAUGAAAUUGCAUAAUUUAUGGAAUAUAUGUCAGUAAUUUACUUUGUUAAAAAGAAGAGAGAAAAAAACCACAAGUACAUACUCUCAUUGUUCGGAAUGCGAGCGGUGUUGGAAGGACAUUUCUCAGUGGGAUGUUUUAUUGUGAUCUGAUACAAAGGAAUGCAACUGGCAUUGGAUGUUUUGUUCUUCAAUUGUAUUGUUGGUUUUUUUUUUUUAAUUGUAAAAAUGUACUUUUGUAAAUAAAAUAUUUAUUGUUACCAGUU